AGUAUCACUUAUUGUUAAAUUUGAAUGUUAGCGCCGGUUGCGCUCCAGUUACAUCUUUGCUCGGUUGACCCUUUUCCUGUUUCUGGCGCUGGCAUCGUUCAGGCUAUGAGACUGCGAGAUAUACACUCACUUGAUGAGGAGAAGCCCAAAAGGGCGGAUGGACAAUAAAUACGUUUUUUUUUAAGUGAACUCUGUUGUGUUACUGAUCACCUUACAAAUCAAAAGUGUCAAAAGGUUAUGGGCCCAGCACGCUUCCACUGCGCCAAAAGUCGUCGAGUGAAGGAAGACUAGGAAAAAGCCGGAAAAAUUGAGAAAUUAUUGCGAGACGAAUUUGCACAGCGGGAACACCACAGGAGAACAAUAGGCGAGAACCGAAGACGCUCACAUCAGGUUUCCUUUUGCAUUCCUUUUACGGGAAAUCGAAGGCAUCGUGCCUAUGUAGAAUCGAGGAUUGAGUUGUGCAUGUAUAUUUCUAUUGAGCAUGAUGAAACGGUUUGCAAGAAAUUCCGGAAAGCGGAUUUCAUCCAAAAUGGCGGAUGGACCGCGUGGUGAUGCGACCGCGUGGCGGUGGCUUGUAAAGGGUGACGCCAUUGCGGCGCACUUGAACGAAUAGCAAUAGGGCGACAGUGCCGAGAAAGUAACUCGUGGAAUUAGAAACGUACCUGCAUGCAAUGUUGAAAGAAAUAGAAAAGAAAAAAAAAAUUUAUUUGCAUGCGGCGUUGAAAGAAAUAGAGAGAAAUAAUAGUAUAAAUCACGUUAUAAUCUUUCAGAAAUCUGAUUAGUUAAAUUGUUAGACAAUCGAUCUGAUUGGCCGAAAUGUCAGUUUUAAAAGAAAUCAUAGACAGAUGCAGUCAAGCAUUGUCCAUUGAUGAGGAGGACAUUCAGGCCACAAUAAAAUUAGACGAGCACCUUUUCACAGUGCAGUUUGCGGCCGGAGAGAGUGUAGUACUCAGUAAAGAAAAGUUGAAAGACAGAUGGUAUGACUUAAAAAGGGAAAUAGCAAGUCUCGAAGGAAGCCAGGGUUCAGGCGACGGUACAGGCGAGAACAGUCACAAAAAUUUGGUUGAGUCUAAGAAGAAGGAGCAAACAGAGGCUAACGAGAUCCGAGGGAAUAAUAGUAAGGACCGUAUUACGACUGGCGACACGGAUCAGACCGUGGAAAAGACAGUUAAACACACGGUGCCAGCUUCCUUCUCCGGAACUGAUAAACCUGAGCGGAAUUUAGAGAAAGAAAACAUAGAUCCCAGCAACGAAAUGGAGAAGGCAAACGAGGAAAGGCACUCAGCCCUCAGUUACGAUGACUUAAAUGAAAAAUAUAAAGCUUUGCAAACAUUAAUAGAAAAAACAAUGAAUAUGCAUCAAAAGGUGCGAGAAGAUUUAGAGGUUCAGAGUCGUCAAAAGCGAAGGGAGGUCGAGAGUCAGGAAAUAGCUAAGAAACCUAGAAUCUCAUCUAUCGAAGCUUUGCCUCCCGGUACUCGCCUUUUGAGUGACAGUACUAACAAACAAACUUUUUCGUCAGUCCGAAACAACGCAUCAAAUAGUACUAGCGACGUUAAGGACUUAAUUCGUGAAAAUACCUCCAAUGAAAGUUUAGCUAGUCAAAUUAAAGAAACUAUAAAAAUAGAAUUUUUAAGUAAAGAUAGCGGUACUAAACGCGAUUAUAAACUAGGCCAGCGAGCCAAAUUUGAACAUUUCUACGAAUUCUUUUCAUCUGAACUACGCACCAAUGACUUGUUGUAUGUCAUCGAUAAGACCAUCAAGCCACCGCAAAAUCUGAACGAGCAACAAAUGGAAAAACAAAAAUUCAAAGUCAGAGACAUCUUGAUCAACAGAAUAGAACAAACCUAUCACUCUAAGGUAUUACAUAUUCAAGAUCCCGUUGAAAUAUUAGAGAAACUAAAGGAAUUCAAAAGGUGCGAGGUAAAUAUAACGAGCCAUAGUAUCAGACAGCAACUCUACUCCAUUAAAUACGAACGCACCAGAGAAACCGCUUUACAAUUCUGGGACAGGUUUGAAGAAAUUAUACGAAAUUACGAGAACCUCCCAGAUAUUGCUCCCUUAACUGAACAGGAAAAACGAGACGCAUUUUACGCAGCUAUAAUAAAAUCUGAACCGGAAGUACAGUCUAUAGAAUUUAUGACAAGAAGCCAAACCGGAAGAGGUCUCACCUAUGAUGCACUAAAAAGAUUCAUUAUUCAAGCCGAAGCUAAUCGCGGACAGAUAACAACAAAUCAUCCGAGCUCGAAACAGAACUUGAUCACGUCAGUGGUCUCGCCUAUGCGAGAUCCAGAUGUAAUGUCCGUUGUUUCGAAUGUGACGAUCUUGGUCACAUGAAAAAUGAGUGCCCGAGAAGAGGUAUGGGCUUGAGAAAGUGCUAUGAAUGUGGUGAAUUUUCCAUGCACAAAGCUGCUGAGUGCCCAAGUCGUACAUCAGGACAAAGGAACCUAAGGAGACGUGGCGGAUGUCGGGGAAGACAAUACGACAAUGAUGGAUCAGAACGAUUUGAGCGAAUGCAUUCUAACAACAAAAGAUCAUUUAAGGCGAGAGGAUCUAAACAAUUCAACGGGGGUAAAAAUAAGUAUACAAACAGACAAA